UGCUCUUCCAUCAAGAUAAUGUACGGGUUCACACGUGCCCGGCACCGAUGGCCAAAUUCAACGAAUUCCGCUACGAAUUGCUUCCCCAUCCAACAUAUCCGCCAGAUUUAGCCCUCUGCGACUAUUUCCUGUUUCCAAACCUGAAGAAAUGUUUCGGAGGAAAGAGAUUCAUCACCAGAGAACAGCUCAUCGCCGAAACAGAGGUUUAUUUUGAAGGGUUGGACAAAUCAUAUUAUUCGGACGACUUUUGAAAAAGUUGGAGAAUCGUUGGAUCAAGUGUAUCGAGCUGAAAGGAGACUAUGUUGAGAAAUAAAAAUGAAUCGAUCAAAAAAAAUGUGUUUUACUAUGU